UUGUGACCUACAAACCACUAUCAAUGAGAUACCAGAAGCUAUAAACCUCACUAUAUUACCUAUGUCGUUUGCAACACAGCCGCACACCUCUCAUUCGCAGAGAAGCUUCUCCGCGCCUCGAUCCGAUGCCCAGAUAAGAGAGCGUUCGGGGUCGAGAUCAUGGAAACAAAGGGAGUCGACGGGUAAUGUAUCCACCAAGAGUUACUUUAGAGUAGAUGAAGGGUCAAUUCUACUGGAUGUAGCGUUGGAAGAUCAACCCUUGCUAAGUCUAUUGCCAAUACUGGAGCUGGAGACCACUUUGAAGGGUCUCCUCGAUAUAUGCCUCUUGCUGGCACACUCCAACCGCAAAAUCAUGGGACCAAUCAUUACUACUAUCAAGUCCAUUUUGAGGGAAGACGUGGAUCCUUCCUAUUUCGUGCGACUUGGCACGGUUUUUUCUGAUGGUCAAAUACGCGACGUUUUGUUCUCUUAUCCGACAGGUAAUACUAAGUUUUUCUCUGAUUUUGGUACUAUCUCCGGUUCAGUUGAAUACAAGAUUUGGAAGAAAUUGCAAGAGCCAAAUCCGGAAAGCUAUAAAAGGCAACAACAGGCGCCGCAGGAGAAACGACCGUGCUGCAAGCCACAUCACAGAAACAAAGUGCAAAAGGAGCCUUUCAGAUUUACCAAGGUCCUGACAAGAGAUGAUACUACACUGGAGAUCGUUGAUAACCUCGAGCCAAAUCCCUUGUCUUCGCUUCAAAUCGAGACUAAAGUGGAGUGGCGUACGGCUCACGGCCGAGCAUCACUCAAGAACUGGAGACGCGCAGCCGGAAAGAGCAAAUCCUGGAAGCCAUGUUUGAAAAGUACAGUACCGAAACAGACUCAUCUCAAUGGAAGAAGACGAAGCUCGAACGGGAUUGUGUAUCGUUUUGCACAGCCCCCACCAUGGCUACCAGCUACAUUCCUACGUUCCCAGACAAGAGAAAAGUCUUCAUGCCCAGGUUAUGUGCUACGACGUCAAGAGAUUGAUUCAGUGCCGAGGCGGGCAAGAUGUCAUGAUCCCUAUGCCCGUGAGUUUGAGGAUACGCAUAUUGCUCCGCACGGAAAACACCAUACAACAGCAGCUCAGAACGUCAAAACCUGGGAAUCUAAACCGGAGAUUGUUGAGGACAUGAACAAGGAGCCAGCCGGUACAUUCAUACGGUUCACAUGGAAAGACAAAAUCCUAACCAACGGAACUGGACAACUCGAUCGAUUCUUGUCAACCGGCUCUAUACUACACAGCCAUUGGCAUAUCACUGGUUUUGUCCGGAACGAAAGCUUUGCAGAUGUUUACUCGCUAAACAAACCUCCCAUCACUCUUUCAUCAGGAGAAAUCGGGACAUCACUAGAGGCACACGUAUUCCUUGACGAAUACCACGGGAAUUGCGCCGUCUACGCCAGUCGCUCGAAGAACCGCAUGCGACAAAGUGGAAACUGUCUGGACAUUUUCUGGCACAACGGCAGGCACAUAUUCAUUAUGAAGAUAGCAAAGAAGCCUGAUGUGUUCAAACUACGCAACACGAAAGAAGAGUUUCCUGUUCUUGUCAAUCAAGACAAGUGCAAUGAGCAUGUGGCUCUACAGCGUCACUAUUUCCGUAGCAGACCUAGUUUUGCAGCGAUGGCUGGAGAAGGAUGGCCAGAUGCUAAUCCAAAGUAUCGACCGGUGCAGAUGGAUAAGGGUCAAUCCGCACUCGAGAAGGAGUUGGAAAGGAUUGAAAAGGUGCGGGUGAAGAAGGCAGAGAGACAGAGAGUGAAACGGAAGUUGCAAAGGGAGGAAAAGCUUUUGGAGAAGGAACACAGAUCGGCUAUAGCGACGGCGUGUAUGUUUCUUCAUGAGUAA